GACAUCAAUCUAUAUAGCCCCGGUCUUCCAAUCUAUGGUUGAGCUUUAUCUUCUGCUGGUAUGCGGCGACAUCAAGCAGAGUCAUCAUUGACAAAUGGAUCUGUUUAAGAUUGUUUGAUGUCAGGUAUGUGAGGCGUAUGUAACCAUUCUAUUUACACAAAAUUUACGGGGUAUGUUUUCAACAAUUUCUCCACCGAGUAAAAUAUUACCAUGGCAUUUGUAGGUAAGUUAUCAGGUAUGCGGUGGGUAUAUUACCAUGGCUAUCUUUUCAAAAAAAAAUCUCCAGACCGAAUUUACCGCGGUGUUUGUACCUAAAUUAUCAAGAUUGUGGUGUGUAAUUUACUAUGCUGUUUACAUACAAAAUCUAGCAGUGUAUUUUUCGACCACUUUUUACUACUCUUUCCCAAAUCAAGAUUAUUACCGUGAUAUUUACACACAAGUUACCGGGGUAUAUUUUCAACAACUUCAUCCACCCAAAUCAAACUUAUCAUGGUGUUUGUGAGUAACUUAUCAGGUCUGCAAUGCGUACAUUACCAUGCUAUCAAACAAAAUUUACCAACGAUAUGUUUCCAACUACUUUUUCCGUGGGUCAAAGCUAGAGUACUGUUUUUGCGUAAGUUUUUGUAUCUACAGUAAAUACAUUACCGUGCUAUUUACCUAGAAGUUAUUGGGGGUAAUGUUCUUCAACGAAAAAAAUUCAGGGUCAACAAGUUAUCAUGGUGUUUGAACAAGAGUUAUCAGGUCUCCGGUGGGUAAAUUAUCAUGUUAUUACACAUAAGUUACCGAGGGUUUACUUUUCAAUAACUUCCUCCAUCCGGGUCAAAGUUAUCAUGGUGUUUUUGCUUAAGUUUUCAAGUUUGUGGUGCGUAUGUUACCACGAUGUUUACACAAUUUACCGAGGGUACGUUUCCAACAAUUUUUUCCCCUAGAUCAAAAUUAACGCGAUGUUUUUGUGUAAGUUAUCAUGUCUGCAAUGUGUAUACUACCAUGCUAUUUGCAUAGAAGUUACCAGGAUUUGUCUUCAAUAAUGUUUUUCUGGGGUCAAAUUUACCAUGUGGUGUUUUUACGUAAAUUAUCAGGUAUGUCGUGCAUAAAUUACCAUAAUAUUUACACAGAAGUUAUAAAUGAUAUAUUCUUGUAAUAUUUUAUUUCGGGUUAAAGUUGUCAUGGUGUUUUAUGCGCAAGUCGGUAGGUCUUAAAAUGUAGUACAAGUGAUCUACUAGAAAAGCCUCUGAAAUGAUGUAAAAGUAUAAGAACAGAGAGACAUAUAACCUCAUUUGUACUACUGAAAUGAUGUAAUGUCAAGCGUCUGAAAUAGCAUGAGUUUUCAUAACUUUUACAUCAUUAAGGUUUAGUAUAGAAUAUGGGGAUUUUUAGUAGUAAGUGUCAAAGUCUUUAGUAGUAUAAACCUCAAGUUCAAAGGCUUUUAGUACUGUUUGAGGUUCUGAAACUUGUUCUUUAGUAGUGUAUGAGGUUGAGAGGUUCUUUAGCGUAUGAGAUUCAGUAGUAAAAGUUUUCAAACCUAAUUUCAGCAGUACAAAUAAGGUUCUUUAGUAGUAUACUAGUAUAGUGUAUGACUUUUCAGUAGUUCAUUUGUAUUCUACUAAUUAAAAAAAUAUCAUACGACCAAGCGUCAAGUUCAGAGGUUCUUAGUAUAGCAUGAGCCAAGCGUCAAGUUUCAGUUUCAGAACAACUAGUUUAGACUGGACUGUCAACUUUCAGUUUUAGAACAACAAGUUCAGACUUAAAACGUAUGGGAAGAAGAAGUGCUCUCGUCAGAAACCACAUAGGCAGGUGAGUCGUAUGCUUGAUCAACGCACCAGGAGGAGUAACGAUCAAGCAUUAAUAAGAGGUAAAAAGGAUCUCUGCUAUUUGGUGAUGGUUUGAUGAGGAUGUGGAGUGGUAAUGCCCAGUUUUCAUACGAAGCGUGCUGCUCGAGCCGCCUGAUAAUUUUGGCUCGGCUGUGUCUCUCUCUGCCUCCCGGUGGAAAGCCCGUUUCCACGACGGCAUGUGCGUGCGUGCAUGAACGAUUUCAUCAGGAAAAUAAGGCCAUGAACGACGACGACCUGGGACGCGCGGAAGGCGGCGUCGUGCAACUACAGCGGGCGCGCCGGCCCCGCGCCGGCCGCGCGUGGCGGAGGUCCAGAUGCUGCACUGUCUCCCACUCCAUCGCGCCGCCGUGGAGCAUCAAUCAGGAAGGUCACGCCGGGGGAUCCCGUCCCGUCGCUGGCAGGACGAAGGAGGAGCGGGGCGACGGCUGUGUUGCCUUCAGGAGGAAGGGAAAGCAAGCCGACGGGCCUACUCUUCGGGAGGAAGAGUGGAUAGUGGCCUCGUUUGUGGAUGGAAGGAGGCCCGGGCGUCGGGGCAGUUGGGAUGCAGUCGCACGAAAGAUUGUGGUGGGCGUUCUGGGCGUUCGAGCAAAAACUUGUGCGUCGCGUGAUCCAAAUCGAACGGCACCUGAUGCGUUAAGUCGUUUUUGCAAUCUGCCACACGGUUGCCACAUACAUAUUUCGUUCUUAGUUUGAUGGAAAUCAUUUUUCUUUCUUUUUCUGUUGCUCCUCCAUCCAUGCAUGCGUGCUCGAGUGAUAGCUUCUUUUAUACCAGUAUAUAUAUAUAUAUAUAUAUAUAUAUAUAUAUAUAUCUUGUAAAAGAAGAUAAUGCAAAAGCAGCUGGCAAUUGGAACUCUGGUCAAUUACUGGAUAUAAUUUCAUUCAGCGAGUGUGCACUGUGCAGUGUCUAUUAAAAGAAACUAAUUAUAUAUGCUCCAACCAUUGAACAUAAAGAAAAUGAAACCAUCGAGGCAUAAGAUAAAAGAAAAGCCAGAAAUAAAUUUAAAAACUGAGCACUCCCAGUCUGAUCUGAUCAAGACACUCUUUUCUAGGGAUCUGGGCAAGACACUUGAGCGACAAUCAUAUAUGGUUGACUCAUGUCAUUAGUUAGCGCCUUCCUGCCAUGUUGCACUUCCUAACACUGCCUUGCUGCCACGUUGCAACGAGCCGAGGAUAACGGGGCAUGGAAGCGUGGAGCGGCGGUUGCGGGGGGCGCCUCCGUCCUUCCCGCGCGCGUGGCCGUGGCCGUGGCCGUGGCCUCUCCCUCGCCUCCACCAUUUCUGGGUCGCCCCCGCCUCUCCCUCGGCCCGAGACACCACGCGCUCGGCCGGACAUCCAUGCCCAUGGGGCCGCGCCUCCUGCAGCACUACCGCUCCCGCUCCGCCUCCUACGCGCGCUCCCCGGACGCCGACGCCCUCCACGGCAGCCCCGGCCCCGGCACCGCGGCCGCCGCCGACGCCCUCGACUGCCCCUUCGGCCACCUCCAUGGCCUCUCCCGCGCCGACGUCCGCGAGGCCGCCUACGAGGUCUUCUUCAUGUCCUGCCGCGCCGGCGCCGGCGGCAGCGCCAAGGGCGCCGCGUGGGACGGCGGGGAAGGCGGGGACGCCUCGCCCAGGAUCGGCGCGGGGCCCAGGGGCGGCACCGGGAUGAACGUCGUCAACAGCCGGGUCAAGCGCGCGCUCGGGCUCAAGGCGCGCAGGGCCACGCAGCCGUCCACCGCCCUGCGCAGCGGCAGCUUGAACGCCUCGUCCGCGCCGGGGUCCCCCGGCCGCGCCGUGCGGGCGCCGGCCGGCUCGCCCAGGGCCAGGCGGCCCAUGACCUCCGCCGAGAUCAUGCGGCAGCAGAUGCGCGUCACGGAGCACGGCGACGCGCGCCUCCGAAAGACGCUCAUGCGCACCCUCGUCGGACAGGUGGGAAGAAGAGCGGAGACGAUCAUCCUGCCGCUGGAGCUGCUGCGGCAGCUCAAGCUGCCCGACUUCGCCGACGGCGCCGAGCACCACCAGUGGCAACGCCGCCAGCUCAAGCUCCUCGAGGCGGGCCUCAUCCUGCACAGCUCCGUCCCGCUCGACCACCGCCACAGCGCCUCCGUGCUCCGGUUCCGCGAGGUCAUGGAGGCAGCCGAGGCCCGCGCCAUCGACACCGGCAAGGCCUCCGACGCCAUGCGCGCCCUCUGCGACGCCGUGCUCGCGCUCGCCUGGCGCUCCGCCCCCGCCGGCGAGGCCUGCCACUGGGCCGACGGGUACCCUCUCAAUGUGCUCCUCUACGUCUCCCUCCUCCAGGGCAUCUUCGACCUUAGGGACGAGACCGUCUUGCUCGACGAGGUGGACGAGCUCCUGGAGCUCAUGAGGAGGACGUGGGCGACGCUCGGCAUCAACCGGAUGCUGCACAACGUGUGCUUCGCUUGGGUCCUCUUCCAGCAGUACGUGGCCACCGGGCAGGUCGAGCCGGACCUCGCCGGCGCGGCGCUCGCGGUGCUCGCGGAGGUGGCCGCUGACGCCGGCGCCAGGCAGGACAACCCACGUGACCCCGUGUACGCGCGGGUCUUCUCCACCGCUCUUGGCGCGAUACGUGACUGGUCCGAGAAGCGCCUGCUUGACUACCACGAAUGGUACGGGAAUGGCGGCACCGGCACCUGCACCGCGGCGUUGGAGUGCGCUCUGUCUUUGGCGCUCGGCGCCGGCAAGAUCAUCGCCGAAAGUGUGCACGCGGAUCACGAAUGCGGCGGCGAUCGCGUCGAUUACUACAUCCGUUGCUCGAUGAGAAGCGCCUUCACAAAGGUCCUCGAGAGCGGGCUCGGGCAGGAGAACGGCAUGGUCUCCGGCCACCAGCGCGACGUCGACGACACCAGCGGGAUCCUGACGCAGCUCGCCAGGGACACGGAGGAGCUGGCGCAGUGGGAGCGCGAGUGCUUCAGCCGGGAGCUUAGGCGGUGGCACCCGUUCCCGGCGGCGGUGGCCGCGGCGACCCUGCACGGCUGCUACGGCGUGGUGCUGAAGCAGUACCUGGGCAAGGCCGUCUGCCUGACCGACGAGCUGGUGCGCGUGCUGCACGCGGCGGGCAGGCUCGAGAAGGCCCUAGUGCAGAUGGUGGUGGACGACGACGGCGAGCCGGUGGUGCGGGAGGUGGUGCCCUACGACGUCGAGUCCGUCGUGGUCGGCUUCCUCCGGACGUGGGUCGAGGAGCGGCUCAGGGUCGCCAGGGAGUGCCUCCUCCGAGCCAAAGACACCGAGAGCUGGACCGCGAGGUCCAAGAAUGAGCCGUACGCGCAGUCGGCGGUGGACCUGAUGAAGCUGGCCAAGGCCACCCUGGACGAGUUCUUUGCGAUCCCGGUGAGCGCGAGGGACGGCAUGCUGCAGGACCUCGCCGACGGCCUCGGCGCCGUCUUCCAGGACUACGUCUCCUUCCUCGCCUCCUGCGGCAACAAGCAGAGCUACCUCCCGCCGCUGCCGGCGCUGACGAGGUGCAACCAGGACUCGACGAUCAAGCGGCUGUGGAAGAGGGCGGCGGUGGCGCCGUGCCGGGCGCCCCUGACGAGCGGGCGCGGCAACGCGUCGUACCACGGCGGAGGCCAGAGCGUGAGCGCGGCCGGCGGGCACAACCCACGGCCGUCCACCAGCCGCGGCACGCAGCGCCUCUACGUCCGGCUCAACACGAUCCACUACAUCCUCAGCCACAUCCAGGCGCUGGACAAGUCGCUCUCCUUCUUCUCCGCGGGCGGGGGAGCAUGCACCUCGCCGUCCACCACGAGCCGGCUCCUCGCCGCGCCGUGCUGCCACUUCGACCACGCGCGUACCGCGGCCCAGACGGCGAUCGCCCACGUGGCCGAGGUGGCCGCGUACCGGCUCAUCUUCUUCGACUCGCACCAGUCGUUCUACGACGGCCUCUACGCGGGCGGCGUGGCCGACGCUCGCAUCCGGCCGGCGCUCCGCACGCUGAAGCAGAACCUGUCGCUGCUCGUCUCCCUCCUCGUGGACCGCGCGCAGCCGGUGGCGGUGCGGGAGGUGAUGAAGGCCUCGUUCCAGGCGUUCCUGAUGGUGCUGCUGGCCGGCGGCAACCACCGGAGCUUCACGAGGGAGGACCACGGGAUGGUGGAGGAGGACCUGCGGAGCCUGAAGCGGGCCUUCUGCACGCGCGGGGAGGGCCUGGUGGCGGAGGACGUGGUGGAGAGCGAGGCGGAGGUGGCCGAGGGCGUGGUCGCGCUCAUGGGGCAGACGGCGGAGCGGAUCGUGGAGGAGCUGAGCAUCGCCACGACGACGACGACGGCGGCGGCGUGCGGCGGGUCGCCCCGGGCCGCUCUGCCGGUGCCGCUGACGACGAGGCGGUGGUGCCGGACGGACCCGGACACGGUCCUCCGCGUGCUCUGCCACCGCGACGACGAGGCCGCCAGCCAGUUCCUGAAGCGCGCGUUCCAGCUCCCAAAGAGGAGGUGACAAUAGGCUUUGCAUGCACCACUAUUUGCAGCCAGGUGCAGACUCUAAUUUGUGUGGACAAGUGGAUUAUGUGUGUGUUGGAAGCAAAUAAUUGAUCGCUUGAAGCGUUUGCAAAUAUAGUUCCCAUUUUUCACUGCAGGGGAAGAGAAGUUUGCCUGAUACUAUCUGAAAUUUUCUGCUCUUUCCUCUUGUAUUGCAGAUGCUAAUGCAUCAUCU